AUGGACGACCUGCCUCCGCCUGAGUUUGCCGCUGCCGCUUUGACUCCUUCGUCGCGUUUCACCGCCACCGUCGAUAUGUCAUCGUCGGUAGCUGCUCGCAAACCUCGCAGUAACGCCCGCAACCUCCGUAAGCGACACUACGUCGGUGGUGGCGAUCACGGCAACGGCGGUAUCGACCAGCAGCCGCCGUCAAUCGAUCGCUCUGCCGAUGGUCACAGUAUCCUAGCCGACCGCUUCGGAUUCUUCCACAACGUCUUCCAGCCAAAUAUGUUCACCUCUGCUCCUGUUCAGGAAACGCUUCGGGGUCCGCCUGUAAACAGGAUUAUUAACGAUGUGUUUGAGAGGCGCUGCCCUUGCAUGAAUGGAACUUUCCCCGAGCUGUGUUGCUUAAACGACCCUAGCGGCAACCGUUGUCAGCUGCACCGUCUGUUUCAAGGAACCCUUCCGCUGCUUACCUCGUAUCGUCCAGUGAAUUGGAUUCCGUUUGCUCAACACUUUUCGUCGUCGCUGCCGGCUGCCGCUACUGCUUCUACCCCUGCCCCAGCCGUUUAUCCGUCGACGUCAUCGUCCUCGGUUCACCAAAUGCACCAGCAGGUGCCAGUUCCCAAUAACCCCUGCAUUCACUGCGCUCACCAUCACGCGACCAUCGCCGCCUCUGCCGCUUCGCCAUUCGCCGCGCUCCAUCCUCGCAUUAGUAUUACUCAUCACCUGGUGCCUCAGCCGGCUUCCCCGAUGUCGUUUGUGCCUUUUAGUCUGGAACGUGUACCGGAAGUCAUUAUGCCUUUUCUGUAA